GGUGCCAUAAAGCCCAGCCAGAGAGGGCCUGUCGGGGGAUUGUCCACCCUACAGGAGCCAACACUCAGAAGGUGGACUGUCGGCCUUGCAAGCAAGAGCCGGAGCAGCGGGGCCCGGAGAAGGCCAUGCUCCGAGGCGUGCCAGGACCAGGCCUCAGGGGCCUGAAGGGGGCCGAAGGCUCCGCGGAGGACGUGGAGGGCUCUUGCCUGGAGGUCGAGAGGGAUUUUGGAGUGCUGAGGGAGAACGGCGCCCCCCGCAGCCUGGGCGAGGCGGAAGAGACUGCCGGCAGGAAGCGCGCCCGACCAGUGCGGUCCAAAGCGCGGCGCAUGGCUGCCAACGUGCGGGAGCGCAAGCGCAUCCUGGACUACAACGAGGCCUUCAACGCACUCCGCCGGGCUCUGCGGCACGACCUGGGCGGAAAGCGGCUCUCCAAGAUCGCCACGCUGCGCAGGGCCAUCCACCGCAUCACGGCGCUCUCCCUGGUCCUGCGUGCCAGCCCCGCGCCCCGCUGGCCCUGCGGGCACCUGGAGUGCCACCGGCAAGCCGAGCACCCCGGGGGCGCCGGUGACGGGGGCUCCAGCCCACCGCGGCCGGCUCAGCCGCCGGCUGGGUCCAACCUCUCGCACCAGGAGACCGCCUGCCCCUUGGCACCGCCUGCGCCACGCUGCGCCUCGUGCUCCCCGCACGCGCACCUGGGAAGGCCCAGGGCGGUGGCCGAGGUGCCAGGUUUGGCCCAGGCACCCGGGGGAAGCUGGCACAGAUGCCCAGGUACUGCCUCUACCGGGCCGUUUCCCUGGCCGCGGGGCUACUUGCGAGCAGGCCCAGGGCUGGGCUACCAGCACUCCUGA